AAAGAUUUUGACAACAGUUGAUAACCAUUUGAUAACUCAUGAUAACUUUGAUAACUAAUUAACUUUAACCUAUUCAAGACCUAUUUUACUAUUAUGCAAAGAUAAACACAUGAAAAUUGAAAUCAUAUAAUCCAAAUUUUUAAUUUUACUCAUUCUCGUUUAUUCGUUACUAUAAAAAUGUGUAGUUUACCAUUGGUAUUUAGAAAUAUUAAUACUAAAAAGUUAACUCAUAAUUACAUUUAUCGGUCUUUGGUGUAUUCGUCAAUUCAUUAUGAUGGUAAAAGUGAUCCUGGACCCUUAUUUUUUAAUGAGGAGGUUCAGUCUCUACUCAAAUUAUUAACACGUAUAGAUUAUAACAAAGUAUUUAGGAAGAGGAAAUUGGGAACUAAACUUCUUACUAAGCCUGAUUAUCAGUUUAUGACUGAUGAACAGUUGAAAGAAUCAAUAAAUCGGGCAAGAAAAAAGGCUGACGUGUUACUACAAAUACCACCAGUUGUGAAAGUUAAGGAAAUAAACCCCACAAUUCUUUCGAAAGAUUCUGCUUUAAAAGGAUUGCUUACUUCUAAAAUUGUUUUUACUGACAUAACAUUUGGUGUUCAAAAUGCAGAUCGAAUAAUUGUUGUACGUGAAACCGAUGGCACGUUACAAGAGGCUGAUUGGCAAUUAAGAAAAAGAAUAAAUCAAACAUAUUUUCCUGAAAAUGGAAGACUUUUAAAACCUCCAACUAUGUUUCAAGAUACAUACCUUGAAAAUUUAUUAGAUCGUGAAGAACACGAAUUUGUUCUUGACAGAGCUUGUAUACAAUUUGAUCCAGAUGAGCCAGAAUACCAGAGAAUAAGUUCAAUAACCUAUCAACAUAUUAAUGAAAAAAAUCUGUUCCACCUGCUUAGGUCGACACGACAUUUUGGAUCUUUAGUUUUCUUUUUAGUGUGGAACAAGAAUAUUGAUAAUUUGUUGUUAGACCUUAUAGAAACGUCAAAUGUAAAUGAAGCCGCACAAUUAAUUGCUUUAUAUUCAAAAAUUCACAAUACUGAGUUUGAUGGUGAUACUGUUCUAGAGAAAGUUGAAUCCUUUACAAAAUCUGCCUCAAAUAAAAAAGGUGCUUUAGAGUUGGCGAUACAAGCUUACAAAGAAGUAGCAAAGAGCAAAGAACAAUUAGAAAAAGGUGUAAAUGCAGCACAUGGAAUUACAGAAUGCUGAUUAAGUAAGUGCUCAUACUUGUACUUUUAAAUGUUAAUACAAUUUUUAAGGCAAAUAAAUAUAAAGCAUACUAAUCAAAUAUUAAAAUCAAUUGACUUAAUAUUGAUGUCAACAUACUGAAUGCUACAUGUCAACUUAUUCUGAAUUCUAUAGUUCUAAUAAAGCUUUUGAUUUUUGUU